AUGGCCUUCGGACUGAGCUUACCACAGCCUUAUGCCGAAGCAGAGUACUCGUACAUCAAAGGGACUGGAUACAAUGCGACUCACUGGACUCUGACUGUGCGGUGCAAAGGUUGCUCCCAAUGGCAUGACGUGGACGGUAAUCUGGUUUCCAUCGACGCGAAUGCAUCUGCGCAAAAGUUCGCUUAUGGUUUAUCGAGUAGACUACCUGCUGAGCCGGCGAACAAUAGAUCUACCUUCAACGUGCACAAUUCCUUUGGAAACUACCGAAUUGACCUCACACAAGGUCAGAAUGCGGAUUUCGACGAGUUGGUUGCUGCGAACCUCAUCGAUGCACACAGAAUCGCGCCAAACGGCUGCCUCACCUCGUCCAAGAUUGUCAUCGCUCAGCGGAACCUCAACCAUGGCAUUGUGCUCAGCCACGAUGGGAAGACGCUGUUCGCUAGCUCUGCGACUUCAGUAUUCUCAUGGCCAUAUGAUGCAACCACCAUGAGCGUAUCUGAGAACGCAACAACAGUCUUGACAGGCAUGGACAGUAGAGGCCAUGUCACCAGGACGCUAGCAAUCCCUCCAAAGUACCCAAACCUGCUCCUCGUAUCUCAUGGCUCGAAUGAUAACUUCGAUUACGGUUCUGCGGAUAUCGCAACCGGCCGAUCCUGCAUCAAAGUCUUUGACACGACCACUGUUCCUGACGAUGGCUACGACUACCCAAGUAGUGGCUACCAGAUGGGCUACGGGCUCCGCAAUGAAGUCGGCCUAGCAUUCGAUGCUGACGGCAUGCUUUGGGGUGUCGAGAAUUCUUCGGACGAGCUGCAUCGCACUAUUGACGGGAUAUCCGUGGAUAUUCACACUGACAACCCAGCUGAUGAAAUCAACUACCUCGGAGAUCCAUCCAAAGAGAACACGGACUGGUACGGGUACCCCACCUGUUAUACCGUCUUCAACCCGGCAUCUAUUGCAGACAAACCAUUCACGAUAGGCGACCAGUUCGUUCUGGAGCCUAAUGCGACCUUCACGGACGAUACCUGUAAGACCCGCAGUAUACCACCGCGUCUUGCUCUUCCGGCGCACUCCGCACCCCUUGAUGCGAGCUUCAACAAGAACUUCACUAGCAUGUACAUUACACUCCAUGGAUCGUGGAACCGCAACCCUUCUAUUGGAUACAAGAUCAUUGAAGUGCCGUUUACCAAGGGUGCGAACGGCUUCGGACCGAAAGCAGCCGUGAAUAGUACGCAGAAUUGGGCUGAUAUAUUUUGGAAUCCGGAUGUCGAGUCUUGCUCAACUACGCAAUGUUUCAGGCCUGUGAGUAUUGCGCAGGACGGCUAUGGUAGGAUGUAUGUGACUAGUGAUAGCGGGGCGGAGGGGGAAAUGAUUAUCAUUGGAAGGGAGUAG